AUGAUUCAGGAGAAUAUUUUAAAAAAUUAUACAUUGUCUCAAUAUUCCAUGGAGAAAUUGACAACAAUAAAAACAAAAUUAAGGGAAAAUAUAAUUCAAGCUGAUCCUAUGUGGCGAAUACUAAAUCAAAAAAUUAUUGCUUUAGAAGAACCUUCUAGAUUACUUCUAUCUGUUUUAAUAGAAAGCACUCAAAAAUUUCCAAAUGAUAUUCAGCAAUUUAUUUUUAUUCCUCUUUUAAGUGUUGAUUUAACAGACACAACAAUUAUUGAUGCUAUAGUAAAUACUUUUGAACCUGAAAGACAUAUUAUUCUUAUUGAGAAAUAUUUAUCACAAGUGAAAGAACUUAAAUCAUGGCAUCUUUCCUUUCUGCAUACUUUGAUUACUACUGCAACAGAUAUUACUCUAAAGGAUAAACUCAUACAGUUAUUAUCUGAGAAAGCAAUUGAUUUUGCCAAGGAUAAAAGCUUUGGAAAACUUGUAUUAUCUUUUAUAAAAUCAAAUAUUAAAUUUUCAGAUGAACAAAAGGAAUUAUUGUGGGAAAUAGCCACUAUUAAUCAGACAUUGUAUAAGAAACCUAUGCAAAAUAUACUAAAAUCUAUUACAAAUAUGACAGAAGAACUUUCCGGUGUAACUAUAGUAAUUUUCAUUGCUGUUGGAGUUUUAACAAUAUUAUUGUUGUUUAUAUUCGGAAAACGACAAAUUAUGAGAUUUACAUUACGAUCACGUCGCGGUCCUCAUGUCCCUAUUGGACACGACGCACGAAAGUCACUGAAGAAGGAGAUUGAAAGACGAAUAGAAGUGAUACCAAGAAUUCAAUAUGAGCCGCAACUUAUUAGUGAUCCAAGGCUUAUUUUAACUUCGCGAGGACAGGUUCCACCACAUUAUUAUAGAUUAAAAGCCGUAGAUGAUGUUAAGACCUUGGAAGCUGAAAUUACUAAAUAUGAUAAUUGCUUAAAAAGACAUCCAUCUGAAAAUUUACGAGCAUAUUUACUAGCCGUAUUGGCAACACCAUUGAAUGGAAGUGGCCAAAGAUUAAUUCAUCAAUUCUGUGAUUUAUAUGAACAUGCACGACACGAUCCUACUGAGUUUGUAGAGGAGGAGUAUCAAGUAUAUACCCGUUUAUUUCUUAAGUUAAUGGAUGCAGCUCGUUUAUUGAAAUCAUAUCCCAGUAGUAGAAAAUCUAGUCCAAGUCGUACGCCUAUAAAGAAAAACAUUGAGACGAAACGAAACAUAUUGGAACCCAAAAUGAAACUGCUCGAAGAUCAAACAUUGACUGGAUCACGUCCAAAUACGUUAACAGUUAUGAUGCUGGAUAAUAGUGAAACAUCUGUUUAG